CGCCACUCCGCAUGCGGGCCGCCACAAGAAGGGUGCCGGGGCCAGGCUGGUUACACCACCCCUUGAAAUAACACACAACACCGGUCUGUAUCCUGCUCACCUUGAUUAGUUAAGACUACUGGAGUGUAUCGCUGUGAUCUGUGGUGUUGUGAGGGGCAGAGGAGGGUCCCUAGAGCCCCGGGGCGAGGAGCUCCUCCUCCUGCAGCUAUAGUCUGCUGCAGCAGCCAGUCUGCCUUCACCCAUAUCCUGCAGGCUCUACUGCACUACGGCUUGUAACUCCUGCAGGAGACGACUCCGGAGCCACGAGAUACAAGGAGUUGUUCAGUAUUGUCCAAACAACUGAGCAGUCUAUCAAAAUGAAGUGUCAUUACGAGGUGCUUGGGGUCUCCCAGAAGGCCACAGACAGUGACCUCAAGAAAGCUUAUCGCCAGAUGGCUCUUGCUUGGCAUCCAGACAAGAAUCCAGACAACAUGGAAGAAGCAAAAGUUCAGUUUCAGUUAAUUCAAGCUGCAUACGAUACUCUUUCUGACCCACAAGAGAGAGCCUUUUAUGACCGCAAUCGGGACAGCAUUCUUAGAGGAAAAGCUUCAGGAUCAGAUCCUAAACCAGAAACUAUAGACCUGUUUGAGUACUUUUCUUCACAGUGUUAUUCGGGUUUCAGUGAUUCAGAAAAAGGCUUCUACACUGUAUACAGACAAGUGUUUGAGAAGAUUGCUGCAAAGGACAUGCAGUAUAUGAAUGAUGAGGAAGAAGAAAUAAUUAUUCCAAACUUUGGCUGCAGCGACACUGAUUUAGAGGAUGUGGCUGAGUUUUAUGGUUACUGGUCAAGUUAUUGCACAUCGAUGGAUUUUCAUUGGGCAGACGAGUAUGAUAUCCGUGAGGCACAACGAAUUGGGCGCUGGGCUGAGAAGAGAAUCGAGAAGGAUAAUAACAAGGCUCGUCAAAAGGCUCGCAAGCAAUUUAAUGAAGAAGUCCGAGCACUAGUUGCAUUUGUCCGCAAGAGAGAUAAACGAUGGAUAGCGCGCAAGAAAAUCAUGGAAGCGAAGAUUGCAGAAAAUGCUCAGAAGCAAGAAGCAUGUCAGCGCAGGCAGCGAGAAGCAAGGCAGAUAAUGAUGAAAGAAGAUGUAGAGCAAGAGAAGGCUAACUUGGCAGCCUAUGAAGAUGAGCUCAAGGCAAUGCAGGAAAAGUUUGCAGAAGAGUGGGGAUUGUCAGGAAGUGAGAGUAGUGAAUAUUUUGAAGAGGAUGAAGAGGAUAUAAGCGAACUCUCAGAAAACAAAGCCCUUGAAAAGGAUGAAGAUAAUUUUCAAGAUGACUUGUAUUGCGUGGCAUGUAAUAAAUUUUUUAAGACAGAAAAAUCGAUGGAAAGUCACCAAAGGUCUAAGAAACAUAAAGAAAGUCUAGAGAGACUUAAAGCUGCCAUGCUGGCUGACGAUAAAGAAUAUUUUAAAGACGAUAGUCAGGAUUCCAAAGUCCUAAAAGAUAAUUCACAAAGUGAUGAUAAUGAUGCACAACAGACAAAAAGUUUAAAGAAAAAGAAGAAGAAGAAGAAAACUGGAAAUACUGCUCUAACAGAAGAGCUUCCCAGUCCUGUUGACCCAAGCCCACUUGAUAAGAGAAAGAAAUCCAGAAAAAAGACUCGACAAGAUAUCUGUGAAAUAGAAAUAAAAGUCGGGAAGUCUGAUAAAUGCAGUGAAAGUGAAACUGAAAAUGAUGUUAUAGUAAUCAAUGAUCACAAUGAUGCAAGUAAACAAGCCAAGGAAAUUCCUGUAAGUGUUAAGAGUGAAGAGACUGAUUAUAUAAAUUUAGAAAAUUGUGAAUCUGAAUCAACACCCUCUGUCAUUAACACCAAAAAUGAUGAGAGAACUAAAUUGGAGUCAGAUAGUGAAAAUUCUAAGAAACCUGAAAUAAAACCAAAGUUGAAAGGUAAAAAAGCUAAGGAAGCCAGGAAGCAGGCACGGGAAGCAAGCAACUGUGUUGAACCAGACAUGUCGGUAAAUAAAUGCACAGUGUGUGGAAGUAUAUAUUCUUCUAAGAAUAAAUUGUUUACCCACAUUAAAGCUGAAGGACAUGCUGCAUUCAAGACUCCGGGCAAAGAAGUAAAAGGGAAGAUUAGAGCCAAGAAAUAAUAGUUAUACUGUAUAUUGAAUUUAGUUUUUAAUAAAUUAUUUAUUAUAUGGCAAGCUUUCUUGUUAAAGUAA